AGAGGGCCAACGUUAAGGUGGAUAAGUCAUUUGACCCAAGCACCACUGCUCAUCGAUUCAAAAUGAGCCUCUCUGCUAACGACAAAGCAACUGUGAAGGCCUUCUGGGCUAAGAUCUCCCCAAAGGCUGAUGAUAUCGGAAAUGAGGCGUUGUCCAGAAUGCUCUAUGUCUACCCUCAGACCAAGACCUACUUCUCUCACUGGAGCGACCUGAGCCCCAAUUCUGCUCCUGUGAGGAAGCAUGGAAAGAAGAUCAUCGCUGGAAUUGGUUUGGCUGUUGAGAAAAUCGAUGACCUCUUUGCCGGCCUGCUUACUCUUAGCGAGCUGCAUGCCUUUCAGCUGAGAGUCGAUCCUGCUAACUUCAGGAUCCUGUCCCACAACAUUCUUGUGGUGUUGGCCAUGCUCUUCCCUGAUGACUUUACACCCGAAGCCCACCUGGCCAUGGACAAGUUCCUUGCAAGACUGGCCUUGGCUUUGUCUGACAAAUAUCGUUAAGCAGUUUGAUAUUUGUUAACGCCGUUUGAAUGUUGUUUUGUCAGUUUGGUCGACAACAUGUCAAUAAAAACAAACAAACCUGGAG